AUGACCGACAACAUCCCGCUGCAGCCCGUGCGCCACAAGAAGCGGAUGGACAGCAAGCGCCGCAGCGGGUGCUGCGAGUGCUUAAGAUGCUGCGGGCGAAGAGAGCCGAGGCCUCGGACCGUUUGGCUUGGCCACCCAGAAAAGAGAGACCAGAGGUACCCUCGCAAUGUGAUCAACAACCAGAAGUACAACUUCUUCACUUUCCUCCCUGGGGUGUUGUUUAACCAGUUCAAAUAUUUCUUCAAUCUUUAUUUCUUGCUCUUGGCCUGCUCUCAGUUUGUCGUUGAAAUGAGGCUCGGUGCACUUUACACGUACUGGGUACCACUGGGGUUCGUGCUUGCGGUCACCGUCAUCCGCGAGGCRACGGAGGAGAUCAGGUGCUACAUGCGCGACAAGGAAGUCAACUCGCAGAUCUACAGCAAGCUCACAGCGAGAGGCACCGUGAAGGUGAAGAGCUCCAACAUACAAGUCGGAGACCUCAUCAUCGUUGAAAAGAACCAGCGGGUCCCUGCUGACAUGAUCUUCCUGAGGACGUCGGAGAAGAAUGGAUCUUGCUUCUUGCGCACCGAUCAACUGGAUGGUGAGACGGACUGGAAACUGCGCCUACCUGUGACCUGCACCCAGAGGCUGCCAACUGCUUCUGACCUGCUUCAGAUCCGAUCCUAUGUGUAUGCAGAAGAGCCUAAUAUUGAUAUACAUAAUUUUGUGGGGACCUUCACAAGGGAGGACAGUGACCCUUCAGUGAAUGAAAGUUUAAGCAUAGAAAACACCCUAUGGGCCAGCACAGUGAUUGCAUCAGGUACUGUUGUGGGAGUUGUUCUCUACACUGGAAGGGAGCUGCGCAGUGUGAUGAAUACUUCAAACCCAAGAAGUAAGAUUGGCCUCUUUGACUUGGAAGUGAACUGUCUCACCAAAAUUCUGUUUGGGGCUCUCGUGGUAGUCUCCCUUGUCAUGGUGGCCCUUCAGCACUUUGCUGGCCGUUGGUAUCUUCAGAUCAUAAGAUUUCUUCUUCUCUUCUCAAACAUCAUUCCAAUCAGUUUACGUGUGAAUCUGGACAUGGGUAAAAUUGUCUACAGCUGGGUGAUCCGCAGAGAUUCCAAAAUCCCUGGCACGGUCGUUCGAUCCAGCACCAUUCCAGAGCAGCUGGGGCGGAUAUCCUAUGUGCUCACAGACAAAACGGGAACCCUUACGCAGAAUGAGAUGGUUUUCAAAAGGCUUCACCUGGGGACAGUAGCUUAUGGACUGGACUCUAUGGACGAAGUGCAGAGCCACAUAUUCAGUAUAUACACACAGCAAUCUCAGGACCCGCCUGCUCUGAAAGGUGUCACCUUAGCCACCAAGGUGCGAAAAACCAUGAGCAGCCGCGUGCACGAGGCGGUGAAGGCCAUUGCCCUGUGCCACAACGUCACUCCRGUGUACGAGUCCAACGGCGUGACGGACCAGGCUGAGGCCGAGAGGCACUAUGAGGAUUCCUGCAGGGUGUACCAGGCUUCCAGCCCUGAUGAGGUGGCCCUGGUGCAGUGGACGGAGAGCGUGGGCUUAACGCUGGUGGGCAGAGACCAGUCCUCUGUGCAGCUGAGGACACCGGGCGGCCAGAUACUGAACUUCACCAUCCUCCAGAUCUUCCCCUUCACUUACGAGAGCAAACGGAUGGGAAUCAUCGUUCGGGAUGAGUCAACAGGCGAGAUCACUUUCUACAUGAAGGGGGCCGAUGUGGUCAUGGCUGGCAUCGUGCAGUACAAUGACUGGCUGGAAGAAGAGUGCGGUAACAUGGCAAGGGAAGGCCUGAGGGUUCUUGUGGUGGCCAAGAAGUCUCUGACCGAGGAGCAGUAUCAGGACUUUGAAGCUCGCUACGUGCAGGCGAAGCUGAGUGUGCACGAUCGCUCGCUGAAGGUGGCCACGGUGAUUGAGAGCCUAGAGAUGGAGAUGGAGCUGCUGUGCCUCACCGGAGUGGAGGAUCAGCUGCAGACGGAUGUCCGACCUACUCUGGAGACGCUAAGAAAUGCUGGCAUUAAGGUGUGGAUGCUGACAGGGGAUAAGUUGGAGACAGCCACGUGUACAGCAAAGAAUGCACAUUUGGUGACAAGAACCCAGGACAUCCAUAUAUUCCGACUAGUGACUAACCGUGGAGAAGCCCACCUGGAGCUGAACGCCUUCCGCCGCAAACACGACUGCGCGCUUGUUAUUUCUGGUGACUCACUAGAGGUGUGUCUGAAAUACUACGAGUAUGAGUUCAUGGAGCUGGCUUGCCAGUGCCCUGCCGUGGUGUGCUGCAGAUGUGCCCCGACACAGAAGGCUCAGAUUGUGCGCUUGCUCCAGGAAAGAACUGGCAAACUCACCUGUGCCGUAGGGGAUGGAGGGAACGACGUCAGCAUGAUCCAGGAGGCCGACUGUGGUGUUGGUGUUGAAGGAAAGGAAGGAAAACAGGCUUCACUUGCAGCAGAUUUCUCUAUUACUCAGUUCAAACAUCUGGGCCGUUUACUAAUGGUGCAUGGAAGGAACAGUUACAAAAGGUCGGCAGCUCUCAGCCAGUUUGUAAUCCACAGGAGCUUGUGCAUCAGCACAAUGCAGGCUGUUUUCUCAUCAGUAUUUUAUUUUGCUUCAGUUCCUCUCUACCAGGGCUUUCUCAUCAUUGGGUACUCUACAAUUUACACGAUGUUUCCAGUGUUCUCUCUAGUCUUGGACAAAGAUGUUAAGUCUGAAGUUGCAAUGUUGUACCCAGAGCUCUACAAAGAUCUUCUUAAGGGGCGACCGCUGUCGUACAAAACAUUUUUGAUAUGGGUCUUGAUUAGCAUCUAUCAAGGUAGCAUCAUCAUGUAUGGAGCGCUGCUCCUCUUCGAGUCGGAGUUYGUCCACAUCGUUGCCAUUUCCUUCACGUCCCUGAUUCUCACCGAGCUGCUGAUGGUGGCACUGACAAUCCAGACGUGGCACUGGCUCAUGAUAGUGGCUGAGCUGCUUAGUCUCUCCUGCUACAUAGCCUCACUGGUCUUCUUACAYGAGUUUAUUGAUGUUUACUUCAUUGCAACCCUGUCGUUCUUAUGGAAGGUGACAGUCAUCACCCUGGUGAGCUGCCUGCCCCUCUACGUCCUCAAGUACCUGCGGCGAAGGUUUUCUCCCCCGAGCUAUUCAAAGCUCACGUCAUAGGACCACUGUCCUUGCCCACCASAGACAAAUCCUGCACAUGGCUGAGAGACGAAAAUCAUGUAGUUGUAACUAUGCUGAAUGCGUCUGGUAUUUGCGUAAGGAUCUCAUGGUAAUCUCUGUUAUAUGCUGCUUUAUUGAAACAGACUUAACAACUGCCGUGAACAGAAACUUAAUGGGARYUUUUUGAGAGUGAAGGCUCUCGCUACUUCAUCCAAUUUUUGUCACUUUUGUUCAACUUAUUUGAGGUAAAAUGCAUGCAACUGCAAUGAUGAUUGGUUUCUCAUGUGUGAUGCAGAGUAUCCGAAAGCUGCUAUCUGACCUUGAAGUUUAUAUGUGAUGAAAAUUUUAAGUUACUUUUUAAGUAUCUGUGAUGUUCCUUACGUGGUGUUGUGUUGUUUUAUAUUAUUUAUCUUUUUGACUCAAGUAGGUACAUUCUUUUUCUGUCUCGGAAAAUCUUUACUGUAGGUGAUGCACUGUCUUGCUGACAGGCAAUUCCUGAUUUGUGCCAUGCCAUUCUCCCAACAUCAGAUCUAUACACAUUUGAGAAUUUAAGCCUGUUCAAGAUUUUUCUUCAUUUGGACUGUGGUCAGUCUUGUGUUUUUGGUGGUAUCCAGCCAUUGAUAGAGGAAAAUUCAACCCAAAGUGAAGAAAAAUCCCUUUUGUUUAGCUUUUGUGCUUCCUGUUGAAAGGAUCUGGUGACAUAACAACUUUACUCUCUGUUUAUUUGUAUAGGAGAAAAUUAUCUAAAUUAAAAACCCCUGUUGGAAACAAAUUUGCAGCUGAUCAGCCUUAAAGUGUGUUGACAACGUGAGAAGUGUCCCRUGCGGCUCUGCAGACAAUGCAGCAGACGUGUCUCGAAUCCUUGGAGACCGAAAGCAAAGGUCAGGGAGCUGCUGCUCUGCACAGCUACACAAAGUCUGUUUCCUGUUAGGAUGAUACAGUGAAGAUGAGCCACAAAUAAGCUGAGGCGCUCCUASGUGGAUGAUGUUCGUGACACGAUCUCUACAGAGAGGCAGUUCUUGAGAACUUGCKCUAAAAAUCAAGCUUGGAUAAGAAAGGCAGCAUGGAGGCUGUAUCACAGGUAUGAGGCCAGUGUGCAGAGCAAACUAGAUUUAUUAUUUUUUUAAGCUUCAAAAUACUCAGUGAGUGUGCCAUCCUGGGCCCUCUCAGUGGAGCACCAGCUUCUGUUGCCAUUGCUGCAGGGGUCUCACUGUCACAAGCAGCACAAUACCAUGGGAAAAGCUCUCUUAUGAAAAUUGGGGUGGAAAAUGUGAGAUUUGUUUUAAAAGGAGAGAUGGAGCCUCUGUUUGACCCAUAGUGGCACAUCUUGAAUUUGCAGACCUAAAAAGCUGUGUUUUUUGUGGCUAGUGUGUGGCAAGUGCUUUAARGAAGGCUUUGCACAACAUAGCCAAUGUUCUAAAUUGCUAAAUUUAUUUGAGUAAAUAUCAACGAAGAGGUGAAGCAACUUCCAAAAGAUCUGGAGAAAAACUGGAAAAAUUCAUUGUGCUUUGGCUCAGACUGAGAGGAAGGGAAAAGUCAUACACCCAUACACCCAGUCUUUGGAGGAGAGGGUUUAGCUUUCCUUAAGAAACCUAGAGAGUAAACAGCAGUGGUGUCAGGGAUGGAGGACCAAAGGGUGCCAUCUACUGCUGCUGAGAGACGAAAAUCAUGUAGUUGUAACUAUGCUGAAUGUGUCUGGUAUUUGCAUAAGGAUCUCAUGGUAAUCUCUGUUAUAUACUGCUUUAUUGAAACAGACUUAACAACUGCUGUGAACAGAAACUUAAUGAUAAAUGGGAGUUUUUUGAGAGUGAAGGCUCUCGCUACUUCAUCCAAGUAGCAAGAUGAAGCCCCUCUCUUCAGGGAAGAGAGGCAAUCAAGUCCAUACAGGUGAUAGGUGAUGUCACCUUUGGGRGUGGAACUUGUGCUUUAGAUGAGUGUGGAUUGGGAGCUGUUACAGUCAAAAAAGGCUGGUUUCAGUGGGGUCCUCUUUGUGUGCUCAAUUUAGAAAGUUAUGUUUCAAAAUCCUAGAGGAGUAAGAAUGGCAAACCCUUAGAUCUCAAAGAAGGGCUUUUCUUUUGUGCUGUCUUCUGACGAGGCUCUUUUGUGGGGUCCUAAUUCUAAGCAACCACCCUUAUAAACACCCUGACCACUAGGGACACUUUGCUAAUAUUCAGUAUACAUCUUUUCAGUAAUGAUUUUAAACCUUGUCUGUCUGUCUUUUCUAAACUUUUCCAAAAGUUUCAAAGACCCAAAUCUACCCUUUUUACUAGUAUGCAUGAAUUGGGAAAUGCCCUGAAAGUCCUGCAUUUUUCAGUGGCUUAUCUGGCAGAGGAAAGCAGGGCCUGAGGAGCCCUGUCAUGGGCGAGCAGGGCCAGCAGCCCCGUGUGGUUUUUGCCCCUUUGCUAAAAAGGUUCUUGAUGUCAUCUUUAUUGUGACUUGCUGCAGUUUCUGGAUAGCAUCAGCCUAGCAGAUUACUCUGGAUUCCCCAAUCAAUAUUUGAUUUAAGUAGAUUUGAAUAUAACAGUCAAUUUUUAUUUACUUAUCUAUCUAUCUAUUUUGGCACUUUCUUGUGACAGACAAGUCAAGUCUUUCUUGUCCUUUGGAAAAUACAUUACAUACAUCUUUAUAAGAGCCCUGUCCCUAUCUAUUGUGUAUUAGUAGUUAAAUGUUCUGCAAGAAUAACAGUGCCAUGCUACUGUAUGUAAAUAUUUGAGAAGUAUAUAUGGUAGAAUUCACUGUUUCCUGAAGUCAAUACAGUUUACACUGAGUGGACCAUAUUUGCAAAAUACUAGCUUUUACCAAGAAAGGGAGUGAAUUGUGAUUUCAGUAAUAUUUAUUGAAUCAUAACCUUAAUAUGGAACUCAUAUUUAGUGGCAUUGCUAGUAAUCUGUAGCUGUAUUUUGGGGUAGGGCUUAUGUUUCUUUGCAGCUAGUUUUUUGCACAAGGUUGUAAAUCCAGGAAGCAAUUUCUCUCUGGGCACACAUUGCAUUUUUUUUAAGCAAUCAGAAAAUUAAAACUACUAUCUAACAACCAUAAGGAAUGAGAAAUGAUUGUUGUUUUUUAUGCUUAGCACUAUCUGUAAACUAUUUCCCUUAAAUUAUUUUAAAAAUGUUUUUAAAAGCAAACUUCAAUGCAUAUGUUCAUACUACACCUUGGAAUAAACGUAUUCUUUGCUGGAAAUUAAUUGCAUCUUUUUCCUCUAGUGUGCUCCACACUUAUGCAGAGUGAAGCACGUUGCCUUUUCUGCAUAAUGUCGUGUUUGUUUGUAGAAUUGAUUUUGUGUUCCUGUUGCUUUUGUUUCAGUAUUUGGUGUACUGUAGCAGUUCAUACAACUUGUGUGCUUUGCAACCACUGUGGAUGAUGCUGUGGGACAGCAGUGAAUGUCGCCUAUGGGCCCUUGCUCCCAUGGCUGCUUUAGGAAGGUGUCUGGUUGGUGCUUUUCCUCCUGUGGCUUGUUAACACAUAGGUUUUGUGACAACCCCUGUCCUGUUCUUCAUCACUGUAGUAUUUCAAGG